UUCUGGGGUGGAGGCAAUUGCUGGGUCCGGGAGCAGCACGCUCCCUCUCCUUUAUGUCGCACGAGUCCAGGGGUCUCCCCUGCACUUGGGCCCCCGUCCAUUCGCAGCCGGAGUCGGGUGUCCUGGGUAGCUUGAGGACACGGGGCUGGGCAGGGGCCGAGAGCCCGCCGCCUCGCUCCCUCCUCCCCCUUCUUGCUGCUUGGCCCCACCCCGCCUGGCCGAGCCACUCGGCGCCGGAAGCGAGGGGCCUCCGGGGCCUACGUGUGGCACCCUGCUCCGCUUGCGCCCACGCCUUCUGUUCCAAUUGCUUUCCCAACCGAGCGGCAAAGCCGGGGGCGUGUUGCCGGGGCCCUGGGAAGCGGGGCGCAUGAGCACUGUGCCUGGAGUCCGUCGCUGCGCCUUCCCGCCCACGGGGCGUCCGGUCACGGUCCCUGAAGCCCCAGCCUGCCAGACCGGAACCCAUACUGACGUGAAGGGUAAAGGCGACCAGAGGCAUCUGAGUGGCACAACCAGGACCCCUGCCCCUAAUGGGGCUUUCGGUGUGCAACCGAAAGUGGAUCCUGAGCAGGGAACUUCCUUCCCCCGCCCCUUGCUUACAGUUCUGCAACUGUCAAUAAACAGUUACACCCUACGGUAUGCUAAGCAUCAGGAGUUACAGGGCUUGAGGUCAGCUCUGGAAGACUUGAAAGUGAGGUUGUUGGGGGUAGGUGUCUGAUUGAGUGUGUGUGCGUGUGCGUGUGUAGAAACUAACCCAGAACCUAGUGCAGUGCCUCUCAACCAGUAAGCCCUAAUAAACCUUCGCGGAAUGAAUGAGAAGGUAGGUGGAUGAGGGAGCCGGGCUAGAGAGGGCAGCUCUACUCAUCCCAACCCUGCCUCCCCUGAGCACAAGCCGACAAAAAUAAUUAGGUGAAGCCUUUAAUCACAGCUGGUUUCACGGGCAGGAGGACAGGGAAGAGCCGGGAAAGACAGCAAUCCUGGGGACACACGGUGCUGGCCUGGCUCAUGGACACUGCCUCCCUCUCGGACGCCCUCCAGGCCCCCACAGCUUGGGCGUCAGUAAUCUCCUGUUUUCUUGUCUCCCUCAGGACACCGGGUUCCCUAGGAGCCGCCCCAGGCUUAAUGAUUGUCCAGAAGGUGCCUAUAAAGGGAGCCUGGGAGGCUGGGUGGAGGAGGGAGCAGAAAAAGCCCAACUCAGCAGAUCUGAGCACUUGAGAGCCUCAAUCAGGAGCCGUGGUCAGAGGCUCUGUGUCCCGGCCAGUAGGGCCUGCUCUUUCCCACCAUGGCGGCCCGAGGCUACGGCUAUUACCGCACUGUGAUCUUCUCGGCCAUGUUUGGAGGCUACAGCCUGUACUACUUCAACCGCAAGACCUUCUCUUUUGUCAUGCCGUCGCUGGUGGAGGAGGUCCCUCUGGACAAGGAUGACUUGGGGCUCAUCACCAGCAGCCAGUCGGCAGCCUACGCCAUCAGCAAGUUUGUGAGCGGGGUGCUGUCUGACCAGAUGAGUGCUCGUUGGCUCUUUUCUUCCGGGCUUCUCCUGGUUGGCCUGGUCAACGUAGUCUUUUCCUGGAGCUCCGCAGUACCCGUCUUUGCUGCUCUCUGGUUCCUCAAUGGCCUGGCACAGGGGCUGGGCUGGCCCCCAUGUGGCAAGGUCCUGCGGAAGUGGUUUGAGCCAUCUCAAUUCGGCACUUGGUGGGCCGUCCUAUCAACAAGCAUGAACCUGGCUGGAGGGCUGGGCCCCAUCCUGGCAACCAUCCUCGCCCAGAGCUAUAGCUGGCGCAGCACGCUGGCCCUGUCUGGGGCACUGUGUGUGGUUGUCUCCUUCCUCUGUCUCCUGCUCAUCCACAAUGAACCUGCUGAUGUUGGACUCCGCAACCUGGACCCCACCCCCUCCAAGGGCAAGAAGGGCAGCUCCUACAUGAGUGCCCUGGAGGUUGGGGGCCUUGUAGGCAGCAUCGCAGCUGGCUACCUGUCAGACCGGGCCAUGGCCAAGGCGCGGCUGUCCAUGUACGGGAGCCCCCGCCAUGGCUUGCUGCUGUUCAUGAUGGCUGGCAUGACAGCGUCCAUGUACCUCUUCCGGGUAACUGUGACCAGUGACUCCCCCAAGGAUGUUGCUUUCUGGACUCCGGCUCUUCACCCUCUCGCUGAGCUCACAGGCUUUACAGAGCAUGAGCUCUGGAUCCUGGUGUUGGGAGCUGUGUUUGGUUUCUCCUCUUAUGGUCCCAUUGCCUUGUUCGGAGUUAUAGCCAAUGAGAGUGCCCCUCCCAACUUGUGUGGCACCUCCCAUGCCAUUGUGGGACUCAUGGCCAAUGUGGGCGGCUUUCUGGCUGGGUUGCCCUUCAGCACCAUUGCGAAGCAUUACAGCUGGAGCACAGCGUUCUGGGUGGCUGAAGUGAUCUGUGCAGCCAGCACAGGUGCCUUCUUCCUUCUACGAAACAUCCGCACCAAGAUGGGCCGAGUGCCCAAAAAGGCUGAGUGAAGACAGUGCAGGCUCUGGAGCAUCCUGUCCCACUUGUGGCCUCUCCCCUCCAUUGGGGUGGGGGAAGGGAGGGAGGGGACUAUCUGACUAGCACCUUUGACUUUCCCUUUCUGCUCCUUUUCCCUCACCCAAGUGGCGCUGGAAGUUAUCAGUGGCUAAUGAGGCCCCAGCUUCCCAUCUGAUCUCUAUUUAAAAGACAACCUUUGUUCUUGGACUCCGUUAGCUCCUAUUUCCUGGCUUCAAAGAGGAAACCCCUGCACUCAGGGAGUCUCUUGUAUCCUUCUCCCUCUCUUGGGCCCUGCCCUGUCCCCAUCCCACCCCAUCCUCACCUGAGGUGAGGCUCCUCCUGCAGCAGCAGGGCAGCAAUGGCCCAGGACUUCUGCCCUGAGGCCUCUCAGCAGGGGGCAACUGCUCCUGCCAAUACCUUGGACUCCAGGGGAAGAGGGUCACUCUCACCAAUACCCAGGGUACAGUAGGGGGGUAUGGAUGGGAGAGUAGAAAGACUUGUUAUAGAAAAUUAAAACUAGAUUUGAUACU